UUACAUCAUUCAAGAUCAUAGAGAAGAAAUCAUUUUCAAAACUUCUAAAGAAUAUAGUGAUCUUUAUAUAAAAUGUUGGAAUACUAAACUAGAUAAACAUCCAUAUAUUGAAACUGUUCAUGAAGAAUUAAAAAAAUUAAUGAAGUGCUUUAUUGAAGUUUGUCCUAAAG